AUGAAAGUGAGCAUAUUCAAACCCCAACCAGCCGUUGCCGGAGGUCAGGCUGCCUCACGCCCAAAGACCGGUCAAUCCAUCCGGGGCAAGAUCUCUGGCCCCAUUCCCAUACCAACCCCCACAGACGACGAAUUUCCCAUGCGCAACCCAGGCACCGGCAUUGCCACCCCAUUGAGCGCUGAGGACCGGGAGAGGCAGUUGCAAACGGAAGCAGGCCACCAGACGAGCCCGCCGUUUACGCAGCCCGACGCUGUGCCGACCAGAAAUACCGACUCGGUAAUGGCGCCUUCAGGAUCAGGAUCUGUGACGGGUUCCGCUUCGGGUUCAGGAACGGGAUCAGCACAUGCGCACCAAAUACCAAGAGGGUCUCCACAAUCACAACGAAGAACCAAUCCACCGAGCACCUUAAGACACUCAGUUGUCAGCGAAGCAACUGAAAACACGAACAACAGCAAGGAUAAGCCGCAGAGGAAAAAGUCAACACUGCGUGGCGCAUUCAGCAAGCUCUUUGGGCGAAAAAAGAAGACGACCAGCCUCUCAGCGCCGCCGGAGCGUGCCUCGACCUAUGACAGUCCAUCUCAGCACCGCAGUGACCCAUCUGCUCUUGCUCGUGAACCGAAGAAAGAGACAGAUGCGAAGCGAGCUGCCUCACUGCCCAUUACUGAAUAUGACAGAGCUCUCCGAUCACACUCGGUUGGGCCGAACGACUUUUCAGCUAUCGAGAGUGCUCGUAAUUCUAUGCACGCCGAUGCCACCCUCUCCGGAAGGAGGCGGGCGGCAACCGCUACAGGACAGCUGUUCGGGCCACGGGAUGGUGAAAUUGGUGGGUUAUCGCCGCGGCCAGCAAGUACGCACGCUAGGGGGAGCCGGCUGUUCCCCAUGGACGAAGAUCCCGAAGAAAUCGGCCGAGCCAUCACCAGCGAUGUCGUGGGCAAGCGCCGGUCUAGAAGUCUGAGCGGCAUUGCAGGUCCCCAAGAUGACCGUGCAGAUGUCCGGCGGAGGAGUGAUGAGAUCCGUUAUUGGCGGGAAAGUUAUGAUCCGGCAUUUAUGUCGCCAACGUCAUCCAACGCACCGGACCAUGACAACGACGAGACGGGCACAGCCGGGGCCGCAACACAAGAUGCCCCGCCCAAGACUCCCCUUGAACCAUUCAACUUUGGCAACAUGCCACACCUGAAUGCCAUGGCUGGCAUGAAAAUUACGGCUGCAGCUAGCCUUGAAACGAGGAUCGAUACUCUCGAGGCAAAGAUGCGACGGGCUGAAAAGAUCAUAACCCAGCUCUGCAAUUCGGCCCCUGGAACCAGGAUACAGCCAGAUCAGUUCCACAGGCCACCAUCCUCCUUACCGACGCCUAAUCGAUCGACCACUACGGCCGUCCAAGGCAUGCAGUCAUCCUCACGACAUGGCUCGAUGUGCUCGCGGGACUCGCGUGCUUCGUUCCUCGAAGGUGUGCGAGACAACGACAGUGCGACACAGCUCAGUGCCCCUUCCGUAGCAAACAGGCCUACUUCGGAUUCGACAAUACGCGGUGCCGUCAGCCUUCCCACCAUUUCCCAAGGCGUGAGUGGGCCGCUGACUACGGAGCACUAUUCCACCCUGCUGAGGCUGUUGGAAGCCGAGAGGGCGUCACGCCACUCACUGGAAGCUCAAGUGCGCAUGUUGGCACAAAGACUCGAGGCUGUCGCGGCUUCCACGCCAAAGCAGCGGUGGGCCUCAAUGCACGGCGAGCCUCCUCCGACGGCGAGAUCCUUUGGUGAUGUUUCAGCAUUUGAUCAGCAAACUCCGGAAUACGAGUAUGGAAACGGACACAAGAAUCAACCAUUGAUGCCCGAAGACUCGGGGAUUGCAACGGGGGGUCUGGCGGGCGUUGACGAGGACGACUACUCGGAAACAUAUGCCACGCCUCGUGAGGAGCAGUCUCACGGGUACGGUGCGUUUGGGGAAGAGCUGCGCGACGGAGAUGGGGACGAGGACGAUGAAGACGGCCAGCGCAAGAAGGCUGCCAGGACGCUGUCCCUAAGCCAGUUGACGAUGGGCAAGCCUCAUCCCAAGGCCGUCAUUUAA